CUCAUCCACUUCAGCAAUCUAGCGGCUUCUUUAUCAGUACUCAGUAAAUCACUGAAGUAUGUGUAGGAAAUAAUAAUUAAACCUAGAAUAAUGUGAACCAACUUUUUAGAAUUGGUAUAAUUUUUUACAAAUAUAACGCAAGUGAUUACUAGUCGUAUUUUUAACAGUGACAUCCUCGACGGACACCAUUUGACACUUCAGAAUGCAGAGGUGUGCCCAGCUUUCUGAUUCGAGCAGUGAUGAUGAUGACAAUUUCGAAGAGGUACCUUCGGAAAACAGCAAUUAUUUCAGUCCAGGCUUUCAUCAAUCGGGAGGUUAUGACUUACCAUCCCCUGUUAAAAGGCGUAAACCAUCCCAGUCAACAAGUUCUAAUCCCAUCAAUGAUGAUGAAAGUGACAACCUUUCCUCUAUUUCGGCGAAUUGUGAGUCAGAUUAUGGUUCAGUGUCUGGCAAACGGAACCAUCGGAGCAUGUCGCUUAUGAGUGAAGACUCUGAAAAAAACUUCCACGAUUCAACUCAUGAUGAGUCCAUUUAUGGAAACUCGUCCUUACCAAAGUUCUAUGCUACACCCUCUGAGAGGGGACGGACGAUUAGUCAAGAUUUUUCAGAAAAAGAUGAGUCGAAUGAUGAAGGGUCCACCCGCACUGCACAAGGAUAUUUCUCUGGAGCCUCGGAAAGGGUGCGAACAAAGAGCCAGGAGCUAUCGGAGUUUGAGUCCAACGAAGAGGACUAUAUGUCCUCAACGUCUGCCUCGGAUGUGGAUGUGAAACCAUCAAAGCGCAGGUCGGAAGAUUUCCCCAGUUAUAAUCCUCGAACAAGUUUUUACGGAUCCAAUCAAAGCGAAGGAGUGUCAGCGUCCAAAAGCUACGAAUCGAAUGAUGAGGAAGCCGACAAGCUUUCAGCAACAUUGGCGAAUAUAUCGAAGAAACAAUCCAGCUCACCAACGAAAGGAAUCAAGAUGACAGAGAACUUGUAUAUACCCAAAACUAGAUUUUCAAAAAGCUCUAGUUGCGAUACGGUUCAGAGUUCCUCCACCUCAGACUUCUCCUCUUUUGAAGGCAAAAGGAAAUCGACUGAUUCUGAAGAGGAAGUGAAUUCUGGUCCACCGCCCAAAAAGUCCAAGAGUGUGGCGAUCAAAACCAGUGGUGCUGUUAGCAAAAUGAUGGAAAAAAUGGGGUAUUCUUCUGGAAAAGGUCUCGGAAAACAUGCCCAAGGAGUAGUGGAACCUGUCGCAUUAUCUAGUCAAAGAGGUCGGAGAGGUUUGGGUCAUAUUGUGGAGGGUUUUGAAGAGGAAGACGUUGAAUGGGAUUUUGACCAAGAAAAAGUAGAAGUAAUUGAAAAUGUUGACUGGUUAGAGUACUAUGGUAAAGAUAUUUUGCAAUUGAAACCACCAGAAGACUUAACUAAACGGCUGCUGGAGAAAGGGCUGAAAGAGGAACUUGAGCGAGAAAAAAGAAAAACUUUGCUUGGUGGCGUGCAGAAACCUUGCCCCAAGAAAAUGAGCUUGGAUGAUGAAACAAAUUUCUGUGAUCCAAAGCUUGUGAAAAAAGUAAUCAAACACAAGACCGCAUUUGACAAAUUACAUGCAGAUGAAAUGCGAAAAGCUCGAGACCGGUCGAAUCCUUUUGAGUUGAUUCGGGGUGGCAUGUUCUUGAACCGAGCAGCCAUGAAGAUGGCCAACAUGGACAAGCGGUUUGAUUUCAUGUUCACAAAGCCAGUUCAUCAAAAUGGGGAGCCAAUGGUAGGCAAGGACGAGCUUUUGUAUUUUGCUGAUGUUUGUGCUGGUCCAGGAGGUUUCACAGAGUAUGUGCUUUGGAGGAAGAAAUGGAGAGCAAAAGGUUUUGGCCUGACUCUAAAAGCAUCAAAUGAUUUCAAACUGGAUGAUUUCUAUGCGGGGCCUGCUGAAUCAUUUGAACCUCACUAUGGUGCCGCGGAUGAUGGAAAUAUCUACACCCCUGCUAAUAUUGAGAGUUUUCGCGACUUAAUUUUUGAACAAACCGACAAUAAAGGUGUCCACUUUAUGAUGGCUGAUGGAGGUUUUUCUGUUGCAGGAGAAGAAAAUCUGCAAGAAAUUUUAUCAAAACAGCUGUAUCUUUGUCAGUGUCUUGUAGCAUUGUUUGUUGUCAGAACUAAUGGUCAUUUUGUUACCAAGCUCUUCGACCUUUUUACUCCGUUCAGUGUUGGAAUAAUUUAUCUAAUGUACAGAUGUUUUGAAAAAAUAUGUAUAUUUAAGCCUAAUACAAGUAGACCUGCAAACUCAGAGAGGUAUCUGGUUUGCAAGUGGAAACGAAGCGAAUCUGUGAUAGAAGAUAUUAGAAAAUAUAUGGAAAAUGUCAAUAAACUAUUAUGUAAUGUCUAUGGUAAGAAUGAAAAAGCAAAAGAAGAAGCCAAAGAAUCUAAGGAAAAAGUCGUUGAACUAGACGUCUAUGAAAUUGUACUUAUGGAUAUAAUGAAAUCAGAUGAAAAUUUCUUCAACUACAUGAUCAAGUCAAAUAAUGAAUUGGCAAGUAGGCAGAUAGUCAACCUUAAAAAAGUUGUAGCUUUUGUCAAGAACCCCAAUCUUUUAGAGGCCAGGCAGAAAGAUUUGAAAGAACAGUGCUUGAAGUAUUGGGAAGUACCGGAUGAUUUGAGACACGCACCUAAGUGUCCUAUGCCGUCAAACAGGCUUUUUUCCCUCGCUUUUGGCAAAGAUUCGAAAAUGCCGGCACCCACAGAAUUGUCUAAAGAUGGGGAUCUUAGAAGUGAUAUUUUAAAGAAAGAAUUUUUGAGCAUUUAUGACUGGCAAUGUGUAACUCUUCAAGAUCAUGAGAAGACCACACUGUUUUACGGUCAAGGUAGAAAACGAGUUCACAAAUGGGGAAGCUCCAGUUGGAGUGAGUUGCCAUCGGAACAUUCAUUACUCGAACUAAGUCCGGGAACUCUAGUCUAUGGCGAAUUAGUCUAUGAAUUCAUCGGUGAAGGCAAGGGCCUUCGCAAGAGUGCUGCCUUCCACAUUAUUGACGCAUACCAGCUGGGUAAGGAAGUCGUUGGUAAUUUGAAGUAUGAUGAGAGGUAUGAAAUUUGUCAGCUGUUCUGCAAAGCCAUGACCAGAAGAGGCUGUCCUGUCAGAAUGAAAAAACUUCACAAAUUGUUUGAGGUACCUUCGCUUCUGAAUGAAGGGCUAGUUCGGAAACAACUAAAAAAUGUCUCCAUCCAUCGAUUGUGUUUCCCAAUUCCUCCAUUCCAUCAUGAAGUCACAAGUUUGCUCUUUUUAAGCUCUACUGCAAAUGGUUGGUGUAAACAUUGGUCCAAAAGUCAAAGCAAAUUUUAUUACUAUCAUGGCAAGUCUAAAGCAUCCAAGUAUGAGGAUCAUGUCAACAUGGAAGUUUUUAAUACUUUUGGAUUAACAAUGGAACGGCUGAAAAUCUGGUCCUGGAAGAACUAUGUACCUGACUGUCAUCCUCCUCGCAGUGUCACUGACAAACUGAUCAACUUUCUCCGAACAAACACCGUCCACAAACGCACCUAAAUUAACUUAUUCUAUUCCCCUGUGUUGUAUAAUUUUGAAACUAGCUAAGUCUGUGAUGGAGUUUUAAAAGCCACCAUACUUGUGAUUCAAGUGCGUAGGCUGUUUAACAUAAGUCGUAUUGAAUUUUUUAGUAAAACUCAGGACGCUGUUGAUUGAUUGGUACUCAGUAUUUUAUUAUUUUGUUUCUUAGUACUUUCCUUUAUUCUUUCCGUGAGUCCGCUGUUUUAGUGGCUUAAAAACUUUUGUGAUUUCACUAAAAUGAAUAAGCAAUUAAGAUCUUCUUCCUGGAGUCCUGAAGUCCAUUUGAACUCAUUUCCUAUUGGUUAAUCAAAAAUUGAUAAGAAUUUUUUCUGUUGCGUGUCGGUUGGGUGUACUGCCGAAUCAUUGAAAACUAUUUUUGCGUUUCUUUAGUAGAAUGCCAAUAAAUAUGUCGGCAGUUGUUUACUAUAGGCUGUUAUCAAUGGCCAAGGUGUGAAACCACGUAUCUCCAUUGCAAUGUCUUAAAAUAUCCACUCCUAUUUUAUUUUUUUGAAGCGAAACAAGCCAUAUUUGUAACUCGGAAUUUAUAUUGAAUAUUCUGCUAACAGAGAAGAAAAAUAAAGAAAAUUUUCAAGGAAUUACGUCUAGUGGCUUUCCAAAGAAAUAAUGAAGUAUGACAGGAAGUUUGCAAUGUCCCAAAUGGAGAUACGUAGUUUUGCAUUUUGGCUAUUGAUAUGCUGCAAACUGCUCCACUUAUCUAUGCAUAGCAAUGAUGUUAGCCCUCAAUCUAGCAAUGUGUAAUUAAUAUUGAACAGUGGGGGCACAGCAGCUUGGAAA